ACCAUAGUCAUUUAUCAGACGUUGCUAAAAUUCAAGCAAAGAAAACAGUCGAAGAAAUGAAAACUCUUGCUAGAGAAAACAGUUUAACAACUCGUGCCAUUCUUGGAGAAGGCUCUUCACAGUUUUCUAAUGUCAUACCGUUGGUAUAUAUUUUGUUACCGGACAAAAAAGAAAAUACUUAUACUACAAUUUUCCGUAAUUUAAAAUUAAUAAAACCAGAUUUAAAUACAACUUCAAUUUUGAUUGACUUCGAAAAAGCAGUGAUGAAUUCUAUUAAAAUCGAAUUUCCUCAAACAAAAAUUCAAGGCUGUUUUUUUCAUUUAAGUCAAGCCUUAUGGAGGCAUAUUCAAGAAUAUGGUUUACAAACUCAAUAUUGUAACGACCCUGUAUUUGCUCUGGAGUUGAAGAAAUUGGCUGCUCUUGCCUUCGUACCAAUAGAAAAGGUAAUAGAAUACUUUGAAGGUCUUUUAGAAAAUGAAUUUUAUACAAAAAAUGAAGAGCUGUUGUCGCCACUAAUAUCUUACUUCGAAUGUACUUGGAUUGGAAGUUUAGACAGGAGAGGAAAACGAAGAUCUCCCUUAUUUGCAAUUGAUCUUUGGAAUUGUUUUAAUCGUUUGAAAGACGAUCUCCCAAGAACCAAUAACAAUAUUGAAGGUUGGCAUAAUGGGUUUUCUGCUCUUUUAACGUCUUCACAUCCUACUAUAUGGAAAUUUAUUAAUACUUUAAAAAAAGAAGAAAGUAUUAAUAAGAUGACAACCGAACAGCUUAUUGCUGGAUAUGUACCACCAAAAAAAUCAAAGUAUAAAGAUACAGCAAAAAAAAUGUUACAUAUAUGCGAAGAUUUCGAAAACCAACCACUCAAUGAUUACUUACAAGGAAUAGCUCACAAUUUUAAUUUAAACAAGUGA